AUGACAUCGUCACUUUCAACAAGGAUGGGACUGCUGACAAGGGCAACAACGAGACUCUCUACCCUGUUUCAAGAAUUCUCGGCAGAUCUGAAUCAACCCAUCACCGUGCCUCAAGACGAAGACGACAGGAAGAACUACAUUCAAAUGAAGAAGACCCUACUGAAAAGAAUCAAGAAGAGCUUCGAAAUGAGUGAAAGAAACGUCGACAAUGCGCUAGCUGCUUACACGAAUGCUGCGGACCAACUUGAGGAGGAGACUCCUCAACUCAAAACCAUUCUUGAGCGAGUCGCUGCAAACUCGGAUGGUGCACAAGAACUGAUGGAAAGAGCGCAAACGACGAUAUUCGAACUGGAGUUGCGGCUACAAGAGCUGGACAGUUUGGGCCAACAGUUCCCAUCAACAGAAGAAGAAGCUCCACGAAUAAAACUAGCACCAGUACCCAUACCGAAAUUCAGUGGAAAGGUAUGGGAAUGGGAGAGUUUUUGGAGCGCCUUCAACUACUCCGUUCAUUCAAGGAAUAUGGAGGAUGCCUACAAGAUGAACUAUUUGCUUGACGCACUGCGCGGAGAGGCAAGAGAGUUGCUGAAACAGUUUGAAAUCAGCGGAAGAACGUACGCCGUGGCAGUGGAGCAUCUGAAGAAAAAAUAUGGAAAUGCACAACUUCUCAUAAGAGAACUCAUAUGUGCAUUUGGACUACUGAGAGAAGCGUUUUUGUGCCCCAUAUUUCUCCAUCUGGCAGCUCCUGUUUCUUCCUCAAGGCAUGGCGCUGAAUCGACUCCGUGA